AUUGCGCACCGUCAGCCAGAACCCUGCCUGCAAGGGAUCUCAUCGGGUACAGCCUUCGUAUCGUCUUGCUCGACGGCGAUUUAUUCCGCCCCAGCCCGUUCAGCUUCCUUGACCUCGCCUGAUACGGAUGCAGCCAAGAAGGAUCGCGGUAAAUUGAAGGACGAUACGCCUCCCAAACCAGGUCCAGUCCUAACUACCACUACUCGCGACCGUACGGAUGAUAUCCGCAAAGCAUUGCCGAUUGACAUCCCUCGUGUGGCACAACGUCCCACGACAACCGAUCCUUUCUUUCCUUUCUUCAUCCCCCCGGGCUAUCCAGCGCUCAGAUUUCACCCUCGCAUCCCAAAUGGACCAAAUGGAGAACCCAACGUGCGAAAUGGCGAGGCGCGGCAACCCCCCCGGGCUCAACAAGUGCCGCAGGCCAACCCAGCAGGCCCGCAAGUCCGGGUUCCGACAGUCAACAUGAAGGGAGUGGGCAUCCACGUCUUGGGUGGAUUGGUGGAAGAAACGGUUGGCUGCAUCGGUUCGCUCUUUGCCAGACAGGUUCCAGGGGAUGAUGUAUCCGCCCCCUACGGCAGGUGGAAAAUCAAACGACACCACUACAUGACCUGGCCGCAACCUGACUUCGGGCCGUGGAACAAGGAGUUCGAUGAGUGGCUGGAAUCGCUUCGCACGAUCUUCGAGCCAUGGGAGGAGCAGUUCAUCGAGUCGCUUGUCGGCGGCUAUGCCGAAGAAACGACGCGCUUCCGGAGCAUGAUUGAAGAUCAUCUCGAGGAACUCGGUGCUGUCUAUGAGUCGUUGGUGUCCAUUCAGAAGGACCUCGCAGACUUAAAUGUCACCCGCGAAGCGGCCCUGUCGGACGAAUUGCUACGCCCAGCAAACCAACAGUUGAAGUGGGCACAGCGGACCAAAGUCCUUGGUAUGGUCGCUAAGAAUGAAGAACAGCUCACAAAUCGACUUAAGCUUGUCAAGCGAGACCUGCGCAAGAUCAUCCAUCGUGGCUGCAGCAAGCUGGAGGACGUACUGGUGUAUGACUUUGGCCGAGGCACCGCAGUUGACGCAUAUCUCAGCAGGGAGGUUCUGAAGAAAGAGGCCGAAGAAGAGUUCACGGAGCUUGUGAUCUCAGGAGCAAUGAUUGGGUUACGCGGCAGGUUCAAGGACCAGGACGAGCAUACUCGUAACGUGAUCUUGGAGCACACCAAACUUGCCGUCGAAGAGAUGAUGAAGCGAUUUGGCCAGCCAUACAAGCCCAGCAAGUUCUUCCCCCUUACGCCGAAUCUUGAUACUCUGAUCACCAAUGUGCCAGAGUGGUUCUUCCUUCUAGAGCGCAAGGGGACCGUCAAGCUUCACGGCGCCAGUGCCAUGGAACGAUACAAGGAGCUCGUUCAAGUGCUUGGGAGGACGUCUGCCAUGGCAGGAGAUGAACAGCGGGCCGCAGAGGAACUCCCUAAGAAGCCAUUCACCAAAGAAUUUCACAACCCCCAUCCUGGUUGGCCGAGCUACAAGCAGCGUACGGUUGGCGGUUGGUGGACCUGCCGCAGCGGUCCCGGUGCAUCCCGCGCCGAGAUCAGGUGCAAACUUUGCCAUCCCGAGGGUUCUGCUGGACAGGCAACAGAAACUAUCAUUUACCCAUCGGCGGCAGAUGAGCACAAGCAUAUCCUCGCCGAGAUUGAGGAAGCAAUGGCUGAAGCCAACCAGAAGGACCGGCUCAGGCUCAAGCACCAGUUGCAACAAGACAAACAGAACUACGACACGUAUUGGCAACAGCGGGAGUGGCGCCGCUCGGGCGGUGGAGUGAAGCUCCACGAGCUGCUGUACGGCAUGGGGGUCAACGAGCUGAAUCACCGCCCGGGGAUCGAACGGUCGCGCUCGUGG